GAACAACUAGAAGAAGGAAAAGAGAGGGUGAAUGGACAACAAUCAGAGGCAAGAAAUGUUUAACACCCUAGUUCGUCUCCUGGCUGCUCUUGUGGGGGUUCUUUUGCCCCAUCAACUUGCCCCACCACUUCCCCAGUUGGCAGUGCCACAUCCCGACAACCCGGAGCCCCGUCGAGCACAGCGGACAACACUCCGGGAUGAGCAGCGGCGGCUGCUCGAGCAGCACUUUAGGAUAAGCCACAACCCCGGGGUGGCUGUCCGCCAGGAGCUCGCUAGACAGACGGGGCUUGCACCCAUAAGGGUUCGGGAGUGGUUUUCCAAUCGCCGGGGGAAGUGGCGGCGAGACAGAAAAAAAAAUCGCCUUUCCUUUGGUCUCAAGUUUUUGGGAGUGGCAGCGGCUUUGUCACUAUUGAUUGCUGCUGUCCUGAUACAACGCCAACAGGGCACGACCAGCUUGCUUGUUGGAGGAUGGUCAGCUUUGCCUCAUUCAUCUUUAUCUACUAUACUGUCUAGGUCAUCGUGCUGCCCUUUGUGGAACCAGGUAUUUUCCUUAUUAAGUUCUUUGCUCCACGGAUUUAUGGCUGUUCCCCUAGUUCCAGGAGUAGUUGCCCUUUUAUUGCUAGGUUAUUUUGUGCUGCUCAUCUUCGCUUUGAUCUCGUGACUCUUGUUUUUUACCUGCUGCGGCUCUGGUUUGAUGCUGGUGAACUGUGGUUUGCUUUCGCUUCGCACGCAACAGCUACGCUUUUGUGUUUCUCAGAGUCAAAAACACCGUUCGUCACCUUCUCCACCUACGGAUUGCUUCGCAUUGUUCGCUUCUGGCACCUCCAGGUCACGUGACAGGCGCCGACAGCAGCGGUCCAUUCGGUGACUGACCCCACCGGCGUUCCUGUCCAUGGUGGUCAGUUAACUCUCACGUCAAUGGCCAGGCUCAAUGAGUUUGCCAAAGUCAUUUUGUCGUCUUGCUGUGGCUGUUGCUGGACCUGCACUCGCCAGUCUUGGGGCAGCUGUGGCUAAACCUGCUUCAGGAUCAGAUCCCCAGUUUACAUUUAUAAAACCUGGACAGUAUGUUGCAGUUUAUGAUGAUGACACUUUCCACGUUGUAACUUUGUGACAUAAUUUAUAUAUUUAUAAUUGAUGAAAUGUUCUCUUUUGAGAGGCGAUUGGGGGUGGGGGCGGAGUAUUUGUCUCUCGCCUAGGGCGCAGCAUUUCCUUGCGCCGGUCCUGGCCACACCCAGACAGUUUGCGCGCAUCUUGGGUUGAGAGGAAGUAAAAACUUGCGUACGCACAUAAUGGAUGGUUGUAGCACUUGUGUAAAGAAACUGGAGAGUUGUGCCCAUUUUAAAUUCCGAUUGCAGUUUAAAAAUAGAGGACAUGGGUACAUACGUUUAAAAAAAAACUCCUUAUAGGAUACCGCGUUUAAACAAUUUUUUAAGUUAUAGACCCGACUACUUUAGGUUUGUUUGUUUGUUUUUGUUUUUUUUUCUGUUCUUCUUAUAACCUUCAUCUUAUUGCUAGCCAACAAAACACUGACGGGCAAUUUUGUAGCUUUCCGUGUUAUAGUGAUUGGAGUCUGGACAAAGGACGCUUUUACAGCUGGACUCUGUUUCUUGUCCCACUACCAUCCCCGAGGACAGGUUACAGCUGGCCGCCGAUAGGUUUUAUUUGAGAACUUCAAUCUUUCGAGUAUGUCGUACGACAUGCUAUAACUAGAACCAAAUUUCGACACUCCACCCUUUUACAACCAGCCCCCUCACUCCCCUUACCUCCCACCCAUCCAGAAAAAGUUCCAAACGUCAUUGGCAGAUAACUGUUAUGCCAUCACUUCUCACCUAACCUAACUCACUAAACUAUAUUUCUCCGACGCCAAAAUCCUCCAGCGCAUAUCUCCACUCAACUGUGUCGGGUGUCGUCUACUAUGUCAAAGUGUUCGCGUUAGAAAGAGUCGCGGCUGGAGGCCGACACCGCAGCGAAAAGUGCAUGGCAGCCCAUGCAGGUCUUGCGUGGCAUGCUUCAUCUGGAGGUCACUGAAAACACGAUGCAACCGGAAAGAGCCGGUCACAACCGAUCAUGCGUGGUCUGACCAGUUCGGGCGAGGCUUAUAUAGGUCAACGAGUGUAUGACUUCACUCUAUAGUGACACUAAAGAUUGUAUGUAUAUACCUAUAUAUCCUUUUUCAUAUUUACCACUCCGGAGGUUAAGGGUAUUUUGAAAUAUUAACCAUUUCUUGUGAUUCCUUUUUUUUUUUUUUUUUUUGUAUUUUUCUGUCUUCUAAAGCUGUUUAAUUUUUCGCCGUUGGUCUAACUUAUCUCCCCUGUGUACUGAGGCGAGCGCUCUUGUGCGUGUGAGAAGAGAUUGAUCUGCAACUGUGCAUUCCAUACAAUCGUUUUUUUCCCCCGUCCCACUCCUUCGUAAAAAUGUAGAGCAGUCUACAGCGUGUGCAGCAUAAAGUGCAUGUCUUUUGAAAUUGUAAAGAAAAGAAUUGAAAAGGCGCGCUGAGUUCGACGCCACCACGAGCGAGAAAGUGUAGAAGAACGAAUUUAGAAUCCUAACCCCGAUCGAGAUUUAAUCUCCCGGGGAAUUUAUUUUUACCCCUUUCUUAUUUAAGCAUUUUUGAAUGCGAAACGACGAAGACCACUUCUUUCUUGGGGAAAAAAUUGUGGUCC